AUGACUACUCUCAGCCAUGCAAAAGUGGCCGAGUACACGCACAAUGACUUUUCCUCUGGCGUACCCAGCCAAGCCCGCAAUGAUCUCGAGAGAAGAUUGCUGAGGAAGCUCGAUUUACGUAUGUCUUUAAUCAUUGUUUUGUAUGCACUGAACUUUGUCGACAGAGCGAAUGCUAGUAGUGCACGAUUGGGAACUUUUGAGCAAGACCUGCACCUGCAGGGGAAUCAAUAUGCUACUAUCUUAUCCAUCCUUUAUGUGGGAUACAUUCUGAUGCAAGUGCCAGCGAAUAUGGUUAUGCACUGGCUAGAGAAACCAUCCAUACUCAUCCCAGGUAGUAUGGUGAUCUGGGGUCUAGUAUCAACAUUAACAGGUUUUUAUACGGGUAUUCUUCUGGCCCGUUUCUUUCUCGGCUUCGUCGAAGCCCCCUUUUAUCCUGGCGUUCUGUAUCUAAUAUCUGGAUGGUACAAGCGAGAUGAGCUCGCUGUAAGAACGACUCUCGUUACUUGCGGAUCCGUUCUCGCCUCUGGGUUCGGAUCCGUGUUUGCAUCAGGUAUACUUACAGGCAUGCAGGGAAAACUUGGACAAGCUGCGUGGAGGCAAGAAACAUGGUUAUUUUACAUCGAGGGCGGUACCACCAUUCUAGUCGCGAUUUGUGCCUUUUUCAUUCUUCCUGAUUUCCCACACAAUACCAAAUGGCUUACACCAGAGGAAAGAGCACUUGCUAUUUCUCGCCUUGCAGAAGAUGGCACUGACGAACUUGGGAAACGGACGACCAUGCAAGGACUGCGGGAUGCUGUGUGCGACUGGAAGGUGUGGUGGUUUUCGGUCGCACUCAUUAUCCAGUUUGUGGAGCUGUCAUUCGUCAUUUACUUCCCGACGAUUGUCGCGACUCUUGGAUAUGACACAACGAACACCUUGCUGCUCUGCGCUCCUCCGUGGGUAUUCUCCACGAUAGUUGCAUUUGUUAUCUCAAGGUACUCUGAUAAGACGCAAAAGCGUUACAUGUUCAUUGUUGCUUCAAGUGCACUCGCUGCCGUUGGUUUCAUCAUAUCCAUCUGCACAAUGAACACGGCUGCGCGCUAUACUUCGGUUUUCCUCAUGGCUCAAAUCUCUGCUGCAUAUAUGGUGAUCUGGGGAUGGAUCAACAAUGUAUUCGCCAGAGAACCUGCCAAGCGAGCUGUUGCAAUCGCUUUGAUCAAUGGACUGUCGCAGACCGGAAAUAUCAUCGGAGCAUUCGUCUGGCCGAUUAACUGGGGACCUACGUAUCGUUAUUCUUAUGCCAUCUGCCUCGCUGCACUUGGGGUGUCGACAACAAUGUUUGGUGUGAUGUACCUGUAUUUGAGGCGAGUGAAUGAACAGAUCGAGAGGGACGAGCGGAAUGCGAAGGAUAUAAACAAGCUUUUACACCCCGUUGGUUUUAGAUAUCUGGUGUAA